AUGUCCUCCACCAAGAAAACUACCAACGCGGUCAGUGGCACCAACAACAACCUAAACGCCGGUAACCUUCGCCAUCUCCCCGGCGAGAAUCACCAGAACGGCGUUGAGCGGUUCGCGCAGUCCGGCGCCGCGGAUGAGCCGUACUUUGCGCGCGCGCGGAUGCAGGACCGGUCUGCGCAUGCGUCGCGGCUGAGCAGUCAGCUGCGUGACGUGGACGCAAUGCUGAAGAAGUAA